AUGGUGAACCCAGCAGGCGUAGCGAAUACAGAUCGCAGUGCCGGCAACAACAAUGCACCGCUACCCGUCCUCAUAGUCGGAGCUGGCUCUGCCGGUCUUUCCCUUGCCCAAGGGCUGGAGAAAAACGGCAUUCGCACGAUGGUCUUUGAGAAAGAGGCCUGCGAUGCUCCUCCCGGACGCCGCACAUGGGCGUUUGUCGCCGCUUGGUCCGCACCCAUCCUGCAGACCCUGCUGCCAGCGCACCUCUGGGACCGCAUCCACACCGCAUUUUCCGACCCAUCGAUGCCCGUCAAGCCCCUUGACUAUAUUCCUCUCACCAACGGCGCCACAGGCGAGCGACUCACCGAGGUCCCUCUCUCAAAUGGACAUCGCUUCUUCCGCCCUCGUUUCAGGCAGCUCGUCUCCGAGGGCCUAGACAUCAGGUUCGGGAAGGAGCUGGAGUCUCUCUCCUACAGGGACCAGUCGGUGGAGGCGCAUUUUGCUGAUGGGAGCUCCGUCGUUGGACGCCUUCUCGUCGGCGCCGAUGGCUCUCGGUCUCGUGUCCGUAAGCAGCUCCUCGGCCCCGACCUUGCAGAGCUUGACCGCCUCCCUUUUGGCUCCAUUUUCGUCAAUGUCAAGUACCCACGGGAACAAGCCCUCCUGCUUCGCAAGCACCCCUUGUUCAGCGCCAUGCUUCAUCCCAACGGCAGUAUCGCCCCCUUUUUCAUCAUCGAUGCCCCCGACCCGGACCACCCGGAGGACUGGACCUUUAUGAUGUAUAUCAGCUGGGCGAUGCGCGACGACGGCGAGGCAGCAGCGUACCAGGGCAUGAGCAAACGCGACUUGCUCCGCACAGCCAAAGAACUCAGCAGUGUUUUCUGUGAACCGGUAAGGAGCGCCUUCGCCUGGGUCCCGGACGAUGCAAAUGAUGUCUAUUUCAGCACGAUGGCCCAGUGGGAUCCGCGCCCACCCCAUCGAUCCUGGAACAAUCAUGGCGGCUUGGUGACCUUGAUUGGUGAUGCCGCCCACCCUAUGACACACCGUAAGGAUGCUUCUCCUCGUAAAGAGGACAAGGUAAGCUCCGAGAAAACAGACAGGUGGCCCACACUUGGACUUACGUCUGGCGCAGGGCUCAACCAUGCUAUUGAUGAUGCUGGAAAUCUGACCCGGCUCCUGUCUGCACCAGAGGGCCGCUCACAAGGGCAGCUGAUCGACAGCUACGAGUUGGAGAUGCGUGCUCGGGCCGGCAAAGAGGUGGAGCUGAGCGAGCUCAACACCAGAAUGCUGCACGACUGGUCCCAGCUGAUCAAGAGCCCCUUCCUGACCAAUGGAUUUGCCAAGCCCAAAGCAGUCGCGGCGGCUCCUCUUGCUAGGAUCUGA